AGGCUCACAUUUGCAACUGUGGGGGUGAUUUUGGAGUGCAGCUGCCAAAAGCCACUGUGCUAAAGCGCGAAGAUGUGGUUCCCAACAGCCAAGAGUAUCGAAUGAUGAUGUACGGUGGGGCUCUCUACUGGCAUUUGGCCACCAACAUCUCCGAACGGCGCAAGGAGGCCGAUCCAGAGCUGCUGCGAGGCAAGGACGUCCUGGAGGUGGGCUGUAUGCGUGGGGGUGGCGCCCGGUAUCUCAUGGAGGCGGCUGAGCCAAGAAGACUCUUGGCCGUCGACAACGUGCAGGAACACAUUGAGAGCUGCAGGGCGAAUUUUGGCGAAUGGCCGGGCUUGGAAUAUGAGGUGAUGGACGCGCAUGAGUUGUCGACCUCGAUCCCGGCUGCAUCCUUUGACUUUGUGAUUUGUAUCGAGUCUUUUGCAUCCUUCGAACACCUGGAUGUCUUUGUGGCAGGGUGUGCGCACGCCUUGCGCCAGGGAGGGCGCUUGCUGUUGGCCGAUGCGAUAGAGAGAAGAACGAACACGAAGCUACUGGAUGCGCUGGAGGACCACGGGUUUGAGCUGGAGCUCUCCGUGGAUAUCAGCCGCCAUGUGCAUGCGGUUGGUCUUUGCACCAUCCCGAAGGGUCUCUCUUACACUCAUGUCGUGGCUCGAAAAGAAUAGGUCCACCGUAGACUCGUUACUGGCCGCGUGCCAUGACCUGCAGCCAGCACGAAGUAUCGUCAGAAAAUGGCAGAUCGAUC